AUGGCUUUCCUUUCACAGACCCUCGCUACCACCAUACUCUAUCUCAUCUCGAGCCUUACACCCGUAUCUGCACAAUCAGACAAUGCUAGUGGCUGCUCUUGCUAUCGAACUAAUGGAUCCUCUCUUGGCUACUUCACAUCCCACCGUUUCCUCGACUACAGAAAUGUAUCUCCGGCGCCAUUAACUAUCCCAUCCGUGAUCUCGAAUCCCACAAGCGCUACCAAUGCUUUGGCAUCUUCAGACUUCUUCGUUGGCGAUGCGUGGACGAACUUUUGGACCGUCCAGAAGUUUAAUAACAGUGAUACCAGGCAUUCUACGGAUGCUACCGCCUUGAUGGUCAAUUCUCCCAGCAACGUCUAUAUUGAAAAGAGCCAGGACAGCGAUCCAUCCUACUCCACAUACCUAACCCUCCGCACCGCGCGCCUCGACGACUUCCAAUCCGCCGCAGAGAUCGACUCUAUCGAAAAGAAUUUUCAUUUCCUUUCCGCACGUUUCUCCGCUAGAGUGGUUGGCUCGCCGGGUGCCUGCGCGGGCAUGUUCACCUAUCUCGCGGGUGAUACGCCCCAAGACGUUCAAGAGGCAGAUAUCGAAAUCCUGACAGAAGGUCCACGCAACGCGGUUCAAUACACGAAUCAGCCAUCUGUAGACACAAAGGGAGCCGUCGUCCCUCAGGCUACGGUUAACGGAACAAAUCCCGGAGGCAAAGAUUGGACACAUUGGAAUGUUUAUCGAGUGGAUUGGAUGCCGGGUACGACGACUUGGUAUGUGAACGGAGCAAAGGUUGCCAAUAUUGAUUUCCAGACACCGAAGGAUCCAGCGGGGUUGAUGGUCAAUAUGUGGAGUGAUGGAGGUUCAUGGACCGGCAAUAUGUCACUACAUGACCAAGCCUAUUUACAGAUCCAGUGGAUAGAGCUCGCGUAUAACACGAGCGGCCCAUAUACAGGUUCCGGGGCAAGGAAGAGAAAUGAGGGCUACGGCUCCGAGGGCGCCUUGGUCAAGCGCAAGGGCACACCUGGGUGCAAGGCCGUCUGCAGUGUUGACGAGGAGAUCAAUACGACAGGCACUCCGGCAUUGCUGUGGAACAAUACCAGCCUAGCACCACUGGCCUGGAAAGGGCAGGGAAUGGGCUGCUUGGCUUGGAUUCCUUUCCUGUUGGUCGGCGCAGCGGUAUUUGGGUAUUUCUAG